AUGGCUGAGCAGUUGAUUCUCAAGGGUACCCUCGAGGGCCACAAUGGCUGGGUCACCAGCCUGGCUACCUCCAUGGAGAACCCCAACAUGCUCCUGUCCGCUUCCCGUGACAAGACUCUGAUCAUCUGGAACCUCACCCGUGACGAGUCCCAGUACGGUUACCCCAAGCGCUCCCUCAAGGGCCACUCCCACAUCGUCUCCGACUGCGUUAUCUCCUCGGACGGCGCCUACGCCCUGUCUGCCUCUUGGGACAAGACUCUCCGCCUUUGGGAGCUUGCCACUGGCACCACCACCCGCCGCUUCGUCGGCCACACCAACGACGUUCUGUCCGUCUCCUUCUCCGCCGACAACAGACAAAUCGUUUCCGGCUCCCGCGACCGCACCAUCAAGCUCUGGAACACCCUCGGUGACUGCAAGUACACCAUCUCCGAGAAGGGUCACUCCGAGUGGGUUUCCUGCGUCCGCUUCAGCCCCAACCCCCAGAACCCCGUCAUUGUCUCCUCUGGCUGGGACAAGCUCGUCAAGGUCUGGGAGCUCAGCACCUGCAAGCUGCAGACUGACCACAUCGGCCACACCGGCUACAUCAACACCGUCACCAUCUCCCCCGAUGGAUCCCUCUGCGCCUCCGGUGGCAAGGACGGUACCACCAUGCUGUGGGACCUUAACGAGUCCAAGCACCUCUACUCCCUUAACGCCAACGACGAGAUCCACGCCCUUGUCUUCUCCCCCAACCGCUACUGGCUCUGCGCUGCUACCGCCAGCAGCAUCAUCAUCUUCGACCUUGAGAAGAAGAGCAAGGUUGAUGAGCUCAAGCCUGAGUUCACCGCUGUCGGCAAGAAGAGCCGCGAGCCCGAGUGCGUGAGCUUGGCCUGGUCCGCCGAUGGCCAGACCCUGUUCGCCGGUUACACCGACAACAUCAUCCGUGCCUGGGGUGUCAUGUCGAGAGCAUAA